AUGGCGAAGCAACACCUCAUCGAGGAGGGUACCAUCCGGCCGGGCUCGGAGCGCGAGGCCGAGGGGGUCGCGCUGCACGUGCGCUACAAGAACGUCGGCAUUGCGGACGGCCUCAUCGCGGCCAAGAUCGCGCAGCGCACACGGCAGCUCAUGGGCGUACGGACGCUCAGCGAAGCGCUCCAGCUGAGCGACGAGUGCCGCGUCAUCACCACGGGCUCAGCGCCCUUCAACAUUGUCCACACCAACAAGGCCUGGAGCAAGCUGACUGGCUUCAAGUUCACCGAGGUGGCCAAUCGGAGCAAUUCCUUCCUGCAGGGCCCGCACACCGAGGCCAAGCUCGUCGAGCGGAUGCGUGCCGCGAGUGAGAAGGGCGAGACCACUAGGGUUCGCGUCGUCAACUACGACCGCUACGGCACGCCCUUUUACAACUCGAUUGAGAUCUUCCCGCUGCGCGACAUGGCCGGCAAGCUGACGCACUACUGCGGCGUGCUGCACGGGGAGGACAUACCGGAUGGCGUGGUGCCGCCGAUCGACAGGAAGCCGGAGGAGCUGUUUGGCUCGACCUCGGGCUCGUCGACCGACCCGGACGAGGAGGAGGAGACCGCCGCCGCCGCCUCGGGGUGGCCGGCCGCCGCUGCUGGCCGCGGCGCGGGGCGGGUGAAGCGGCUGCGGAGAGGCGGGCACGUGACGCUGCAAGAGGCGCUCGACAACACGGAGGACGCGGUUGUGAUGACGCAGCCGCACCCGCCGUACGCGAUCACGCACGUGAACGCGCCGUGGUGCGAGAUGUGCGGCUACACCCUCGAGGAGGUCGAGGGGCUCUCGAGCUCGAUUCUGCAGGGCGCAGAGACGGACGAGGCGCGACCGCGGGGCGGCGCUCUUGGGAAGGGCGUUGGGGCGGCGAGGGCGCUCCUCUCCGAGCUGAUGGCGAGCGUGCGGCGCGGCGAGAGCUCAUCCGCCACGCUGGUCAACUACAAGAAGGGCGGCGCGCGCUUCCUCAACCAGGCGCACGCCCCGGUCUACAGCCACGCCCAUGACCCGUCCGGGACCUGGUCCCCUCCCCAGGUGCACAUACAGCCCGUCUUCAACCAGAACGACGAGGUCGACCAGUUCAUGGCGAUGCUGCACGAGGUGGAUGAGAAGGAGCGGCCGCCGCACGCCGCCCCAGCAGCAGCCAAGAAGGCGGGGCGGCGAGGGGAGCGAGCCUGA